ACCCCGAACAGCUCCGCCAGGAUGAACGGGCUCAGCCACGGCCAGGGCACCAUCGCCAUGAAGGACCACGAUGCCAUCAAGCUCUUCAUCGGGCAGAUCCCCCGCAACCUGGAGGAGAGCGACCUCAAGCCCCUCUUCGAGGAAUUCGGCAAGAUCUACGAGCUGACAGUGCUCAAGGACCGCUUCACCGGCAUGCACAAAGGCUGUGCCUUUCUCACGUACUGUGCCCGGGACUCUGCCCUGAAAGCCCAGAGCGCGCUGCACGAACAGAAGACGUUGCCUGGGAUGAAUCGCCCCAUCCAGGUGAAACCAGCGGACAGCGAGGGCAGAGGAGAAGACAGGAAGCUCUUCGUGGGAAUGCUGGGGAAGCAGCAGAGCGAAGAUGAUGUCCGGCGGCUGUUUGAGCCCUUUGGACAGAUCGAGGAAUGCACCAUCCUCAGAGGGCCUGAUGGAGCCAGCAAAGGAUGUGCCUUUGUAAAAUAUGGGAGCCAUGCAGAGGCUCAAGCAGCCAUCAACAGCCUUCACGGCAGCCAAACUAUGCCGGGCGCCUCCUCCAGUCUGGUGGUGAAGUUUGCAGACACAGACAAGGAGAGGACCUUAAGACGGAUGCAUCAGAUGGCAGGACAGCUGGGGAUCUUCAACCCAAUGACUAUCCAGUUUGGAGCCUAUGGGGCAUACACGCAAGCGAUAAUGCAGCAGCAGGCAGCCCUGAUGGCUGCAGCACAAGGGACCUGUCUGAACCCCAUGGCAGCCAUCGCCGCCGCCCAGAUGCAGCAGAUGGCAGCCUUCAAUGUCAGCGGGCUGGUGGCUGCGCCUAUGACCCCCUCAUCAGGUACAAGCACUCCUCCAGGGAUCAGCACUGCACCGGUCCCCAGCAUAGCCACGCCCAUUGGAGUGAAUGGGUUCAGCCCCCUCCCACCACAGACCAAUGGGCAGCCAGCAUCAGAGACCAUUUACACCAAUGGAAUCCAUCCGUACCCAGCUCAAAGUCCCACUGUGGCAGAUCCCCUCCAACAAGCCUACGCAGGCAUGCAGCACUAUGCAGGUCCAGCCUCAUCCCCAGCAGCCUAUGCACCUAUCAGCCAGGCCUUUCCCCAGCAAGCUCCCAUCAUUCCACAGCAGCAGAGAGAAGGUCCCGAAGGCUGUAACCUGUUUAUUUAUCACCUGCCCCAGGAGUUCGGAGAUGCGGAGCUCAUGCAGAUGUUUUUGCCUUUUGGCAAUGUCAUCUCUGCCAAAGUCUUUGUUGACCGUGCCACCAACCAAAGUAAAUGCUUUGGUUUCGUCAGUUUUGACAAUCCAACUAGUGCUCAGGCAGCCAUUCAGGCCAUGAACGGCUUCCAGAUCGGCAUGAAGAGGCUAAAGGUCCAACUAAAGCGGCCAAAAGAUGCUAACAGACCCUACUGACCCCUGCUCACCCUGGCCCUGCAAACAGGUUGGAUGCCCUGCAGCGUUUGAAGAGUAUUCCCCUUUUCCCAAGUGCAGUAUCCAAACUUGUAACUCUCUUUCUUUGCAACAUAUCAUGGAUGAGGAGGAGGAGGAAGAAGAGGAACCAAUGGAGGAGAAGAAACACCAGUGAAAAAAAAGAGAGCCAUUUCGGUUGUAUCUUUUCUUUUUCUUUUUUUAAUUUUCCAAUCGAUUUUGUUUGUUUCUUAACAAGAAGGGAAGGAAGGACGAACAGACAAAAGGAAGAGAGACACAAUGAUGUUGGACAAGGCAAACAGGUGCAAAGAUUUGCUUAAACUCUGAAACGGCGGCUGCUUGAGAAGACUUUGUGAAUUCCUCAUGUGGAAAAAGGCAGGAUUCUUGAAAGGAAUAAAAAACAAACCAGCCCAGGAUUGUCAGCUGGGACAGCUCAGU